AUGGAGUAUGUUAUCAUUGGAGAUGGGACUGAACCACCUAAGGAAGUCCAUGUCAGAAUAGAACCAGGAACUCAGGAGGAAGUGGAGAAGCCACCUGAAGAACCAAGAGUGUAUGAGCCAAAGAUCCCAUACAGAAAUGUUCUUUCUCAACCCAAGAAGGAGAAGGAGCAAGCAAAGCUCAAGGAUCUUGUUAGCCAACUUUCAGUAAGGUUACCUUUCAUUGAUGCUUGCCAAAUAAUUCCAUCUCUCAGGAAGUAUAUGAAGGCCAUACUCACAAGCAAUGUGAGUCUUGAAGAAGGAGCAAUGAUGAUUACAAAGGAGUGUAGUGCCAUACUUCAGAAUCGCAUGCCAGAGAAGCUGAACGACCCAGGGAGUUUUGUUUUGUCUUGCAAGAUCGUGGCCAAGCUAUUGGGCAUCACUGACUUCAAACCUACAAAGAUCUCUCUAGUCUUUGCAGACAGAUCUGUUCGCCGCCCUGUUGGUGUUAUUAUGGAUGUUCCAAUCAUGGUUGGAGAUUGCUACAUCCCUGCUGAUUUUGUAGUUCUUGAGCUGGAACACCAACCUAAAGACCCUCUUAUCUUGGGAAGGCCAUUCCUAGCUACUGCAGGAGCUAUAAUAGAUGUCAAGAAUGGAAAGAUUGACUUGCAUCUUGGAGAUAUAGUGAUGAAUUUCGAAGUAAACAAGUCUAUGGAGAAGCCAACUGUAGAUGGUCAAGCUUUUUGGAUUGGAGAGCUCGCAGAGACAAGAGAAGAAGUGCUGGAUGAACUCUUCUUAUUGAUCCCUUGGAGCUAG